UCUCUCCAUUGAGGAGCUUGGUGGAACCCGAGGAGUGAGUGGCUUCCUUGUUGUUCAAUAGUUAACUGACUACAGAGAUGACAGCGUCUACUCAUGUCACUGACUGACUACCGAGAUGAACAACGAGGAAGAAGAUGAGCGACACGCGGAACGGGACGACUACAGGAGGCGGAGAUAUGACGGCCAGACAGUGAGGACAGUCCUUCAGUCUGGUUGACAGUUGACAGCCGGUGGUCGCUGCAUCCACUGGGCAAGUGUGGAUUUUGUCGCAAGACACCUGACUGCUGUCUCUUUGUUUCUUUGCUAUGAAGCCUGUGUAGAACCUACAGCUGUGUUUCCACUCAGUGUUGCUGGAGCCCUAUCAGCUGAGGGUCGUCAUCACUGGACCAGUCAGCUAUGACGACCGACUGCAGUGUCAUCUUCAUUCUGCUGUUACACCUUCCAGGUGUCAUCAGCAGCCAGGGUACGACGCUGCUAAACCCUGAAUUGUCUCCUCAAGAUGGAUUUUUCAACAAUCCCCUGCAGCCAGACCUGGGCUCUGCUGGCGCCCGUAUGAUGCGCCGGAGCCCCGCCCGCUACAGUGACGGCAUCUACGAGAUGGCGGGGGACACAGACCCAACCCCCUGGACAUCUCACAGCACGUGCACCGCGGACCAGCAGGAACAUCGUCUACCUUCGGCCGCAACGCCAUGUCUGUCUUCUUUGAAUGUAUGUAGUUUGCUUGCUGCAGGACAACUGGUUCUGGAUGAAAUACUGUCCACUGGUCAGCCCGGCUGUCCGGAGUACGAGAAUCUGCCUAUUCCCUCUGACCACCCGCUGGCUAAUCACACGGACAGACCGAUGAUGUACCAGCGCAGCGACUACGACCACAGCACCGGCAACAACAACCCGCGACAACAGACCAAUGGCGUCACAGCUUUUGUGGAUGGUGGAGUGAUCUACGGAAAUGCACAACUUUGGACCGAUCAACUGCGAAACUCCACAGGAAAUAACGGCACGCUUCUGGUCAACGGUUCCGACAUCUUGUCCAGCUUUCCUGAAACCAACCACAAGCAGCUGCCUCUUAGCAACCACCCUCCUCCACGUGACCACUCGCUGAAGCCUGUGACACGAUUGUUUGCCAUCGGCAACGCCAAGGGACACGAGACGCCGCAGCUGCUGGCGCUGCAGGUAGUCUGGCACCGCUACCACAACGCCAUCGCACAGGACAUCAAAGACAGCGUCAACAGCAGCAACGUCACCGACGACCAGAUCUUCAACACAGCUCGGAAGCGCGUUAUCGCUCACUUCCAGAAAAUAGUUAUGGAGGAGUGGUUACCUAAGUUUUUGGACGGAAAUGAAAAAACAAAUGCUGUUCUGGGACCUUAUUCUGGUUACCAAGCGGCAAGUGAGGCCAGAUAUCACGCAGGAGUUCAGGACAGCCAUGAACUUCCGGUAUUCUCUCAUGCCAAGCGCUGUGUGGACUCUGGGCAGGUUAGUAUAGAGGCUCUUAUCAUUAUCACCAAACAUGUCACAGACGUUUGCUUUACUUCUAAAGGCCACGCAAGCGUCACCGAGGCCCAGAAAUGGUCUUCAGGCAAACUGAUUAAGACAUUCACACGAGGCAGAGGGCCAGACAACGAGCCUCGUAAUGUGACCUCCCUUAGGCUCUGCAACCAAUACUGGGACUCACAGGAUGUCGUGCGAAAUAACCUGGACGAAAUUCUCCGAGGGAUGCUCUUCACUUAUUCUGAACGAGAGGACCCCAUCAUCAGCCCGGAUCUCAGAGCCUCAUUCUACGGUCCGUUCGAGUUCACGCGGCAAGAUGUGGUUGGCCUGGAGAUUCAGCGAGACAGGGAUCAUGGGAUAGCUGACCUCAACACGGUGUUGCAGGCCUACGGUCUACCAGCCAUCACUUCUUGGAGUCAGCUCCAGCAAGCCCAGGAUCUACGGCGACUUUAUGGCAACAGCACCGCGCCUACUGACCUUGACCUCUUGACCGGCGGCCUGCUGACCAGGUCAACAGACUACGUCCACGGCAUGCCCCGCAUCUUCAGGGAGAUCAUCCUGGAGCAGUUCCAGCGGCUGAGGUCCGCCGACCGCUUCUGGUACGAGAACCACCUCAACGAUUCCCAAAUGUUUACACCAGAGGAGGUCAGCGAGAUCAAUCGAAUCACAUUCAAGGACGUGCUCAAGAAAACGACAUCACUCAGUGACAGUGACCUCUCCACAGUCUUCUUGUGUACAGGCCAGUCGUGCCUUGCACCACCAAGUCUGAACAACGACAGUGACCCUGAAGUAGAUGUUUGCACUCCUCUGGAAACUUACGACUACUUUACCGGUAGCAAGGUUUCCUUUGCCCUGUCGUGGACCGGACUGGCUCUUGUUGUACCUGCGGCUGUGGCCAUGCUGCUGAUGCUGGCGAGACAGAGAGGGAAGUCGCGCCGCCUGAAGGCCGUUAAGGCCCUACGCCAGUACCGCCAGAGGAACCCCAACAAGUUUAAAGGGUCUCAUUAUGGGGCACUGACCUCGUGCUGUUGCUAUGCAGCUCGGGAGUGGCAGGGGCCUGUAUCAGGGGAGCGCAAUGUGACGGCGGAGUUCCAUCCAGUGCGCAAGAAGCUGGUGGUGCGUGACGGCGUGGGCAAGGAGCUGCGCUUCAUCGACCUUCGCCGCACGCAGACGGCGGAGAUUCGCAGGCCCGCCUCCAACCUCAACACUGUCGUGUCCGUCAGAAUCGACGGCGAGGUGGACUUGAUACUGAAAUUCUUGGAACCUGAAGAAUGUCAGAUGUUUUACGAGAAGCUGGAGAAUUUUCUAAACACACUGAACAUCGUAACAGGCACCUUUUACGAGACAGAAGAAGAAAUCAAGAGAGAGUCUGUAAACAAAGAUGACCGCCAGUCUGUGCUCGACGACUUCUUCCGCGCUGCCUGUCUCCAGGCGUUGUCUAGUGAUGCAAUACCUUUCUCGGAGAUCGGGCGGCGGCGGCGGGACGAGGUGCUGCGGCUUCGCUUGACGAGGACGGAGUUUGCCGAGGCGCUGGGCAUGACGCCCUCCUCCAUCUUUGUGCGCAACGUCUUCGUCUUGGGCGAUGCCGACAACGAUGGCUUCAUGUCAUUCGACGAAUUCCUGGGUCUCUUUGCAGUGUUUAUGAAAGGAACUGCAGAAGAGAAGGCGGAGCUGAUGUUUAAUGUCUAUGAUGUCAGACGUCAGGGCACGCUGAGGAGGGACGACUUCUAUCGCAUGAUCAGGUCUCUGAUGGAGCUGUCAGAAACACACGCCGCCCACAGGACGAGAACGAAGCACAGUCAUGCAGCACGAAGCCGAGUGAGGCCGCGGGACAUCCGGAAACUGAAACACGAUUUUGUGGAAAGCUACAGGAACCAGAGUCAGGAACCUGUGCACCGUCCUUCCUACAUCGGGGUAUCCGGGUACGAGCCGAGACCAGAGGUUGAGAGGUACUCCCGCCUGAAGUACUGGUACUCCCUGUCUCGCUAUGUGCAGCUCUACUCUCUCCACAUCUUCUGGCUCAGCCUCUACACGCUAGUCACCUGCGGCAUUUUUAUUGAAAAGGUGUACUACUACCUGAGAGGGAGGGAGCAGGCGGGGUUACGCCGCAUGUCUGGCCCCUGGUUGGUGAUGACGAGGGGCGCGGCCAGUGUCAUCAUGUUCACCUUCGCCAGCCUCCUCCUCACCAUGUGCCGCAACAUCAUCACCAAGCUGCGCGAGACAUUCCUCCACCGAUACAUCCCCUUCGACUCAGCCGUCACCUUCCACAAGUACAUCGCCAUCUUGGCCCUCAUCGCCACAGUCGUCCAUAUCGUCGGUCACGCAGUUAACCUGUACUGCAUGUGCACCCAGUCUACCACCAACAUCAACUGCUUUUUUCGCGAAUUCUACACAGCGUCCGACAAGGUGGCGACGUUCCACUCCUGGGCCUUCCAGACCAUCACGGGACUGACGGGGAUUAUGGUGACUGUCGUCCUGUUCGUGAUGUACGUCUUCUCCGUGCAGUGGGCACGCCGCAACAUCUUCCGCGCCUUCUGGGUGACUCACAUGCUGUACCCGCUGGUGUACCUGCUGACCCUGCUGCAUGGCCUGGGUCGUCUGGUGCAGGACCCGCUGUUCGCCUGGUACUUCUGCCCGCUUGUCCUCUUCGUGCUGGACCGCCUGGCCAGCGUCAGUAGGAACAAGAUUGAGAUCCCCGUGCUGAGGGCAGAGCUGCUACCCUCGGAUGUGCUGAAGCUGGAGUUCAAGCGGCCCUCCAACUUUGCCUACAAGUCGGGUCAAUGGGUGCGCAUCGCCUGCCUGAAGCUGGGCAAAGGAGAGUAUCACCCGUUCACCUUGACCUCGGCUCCCCAUGAGCGGAACCUGACCCUGUACAUCCGGGCAGUGGGGCCAUGGACCUCAACCAUCAGGAGCGUCUAUGACAAGAACCUGCUUGGAGGAGAUCCGUAUCCUAAACUUUAUAUUGACGGGCCGUUUGGAGAAGGACACCAGGACUGGUACACUUUUGAAGUUUCUGUACUGGUGGGAGGAGGCAUAGGUGUUACACCGUUUGCCUCCAUCUUGAAGGACAUAGCCUUCAAAUCACGCACAGGUGCGUCCAUCAGCUGCCAAAAGGUCUACUUCAUGUGGGUGACGCGGACUCAGAAGAGUUUUGAGUGGAUGACGGAUGUGAUACGUGAGGUGGAGGCCACGGACUCGCGCCAGGUGGUGGACGUACAUAUCUUUAUUACACAGUUCCAGCAAAAGUACGAUCUGCGUACUAGUAUGUUGUAUAUUUGCGAGCGCCGCUUUCAGAAGGUGGAGGGGCGAAGUUUGUUCACUGGUCUGCGUGCCAUAACUCAUUUCGGACGUCCCAACUUCUUGGAGUUCUUCACGUGCCUGGGGAUGGAGCAUCCCGGGGUGACAAGGGUGGGGGUGUUCAGUUGUGGUCCCGGGCCCCUGACAGCGACUGUGCAAGCCGCCUGCACCUCCAUGAACAGAAGGGAAGGAGCCACGUUCAGUCACCACUACGAGAACUUCUAGAAGCUCUGAGCCUACAGCAUCAACCUGCCGGACCAGGACUCACUUGUGCACUUGGCACCAUCACUGUCACAUGCACAUGACUUCUUUAAAUAAGGACAUCAGCGAGCCCUAGCCCUAGGCUGGUCUUCCCGCUGGCCACCGAUUUAUAUCCAAUUCCCAUCAAGGUAUCAGCGAGAAGUAUGUCGAAAAAACAAGCUUAUCAACUCCCAGAAUGCAGCGUGAACUGUGCUCACCAGUCACAUCGAUCAUAGCAAUGAGUGAAGAUUCUGGUCUAAAGUAGAAAAAAACUAGUUAGGACAAAUCUCACCUACUACUGCAGAGCAACGAGACAUGCAGACGUGGAGGAUUUCUUGCUGGUACUAGUUGUAUUAUCUUUUCAAAAGUGCAGCAGUCACUGAAUUCGCUGCUGUUUAGCAUGUCUUGUCAGCGACAAAACAUUAUCACAUUCUGCAGUGUGUCUUUCUUGACAUCUUGACUUGAUUUACAAUGACAGCAAUUCAUUGAAUGUAUGUCCCUUCUUGCUACAACUGGUUCAUCAUUCGAAAACAUGCUGCUUUAAUUAUUGUCUUAUUAAAUCUUUAAAAAUAUCCUGUUAAGCCUGUCAUUAGGAUCUACUAUUUUAUGGGAAUGCCAUGAUUUGACCACCUCAUUGUCAGGUCAUCCUGUGCCUACCUUGCCACCAAAUAUUCUUGUAUUAAUUUAAUAUUUAAAGUUUUCAAACAUGCAUUGACGACAUUCAGUUGCUCUGUGUAUUGUUACAUCCAGAGGACACUUUGCUGCUGCCUUCUAAGGUUCUUAUAUAGUUAUUUGCAGACACUUGAUAAACUGUCGAUGACAAGUUGUGUAAAUGAUUCUUCCAUGCUACUUUUGAAACCUGUUAGUGACUUUAGCUACAAUGUAUUCAGACAGCAGCCAAUAUUCAACCUGCUUUCUUCCGUUUUAAAAGAAGAUAGAUGUUUUACAUUGUGGAUGACAAGAAUGAUGCAUGAAUUAUAUUUUCCUCUUAAUAAUUAAAAGUGAUUUAGUGAAAAUA